AUGAAUUACCGCCUUGUUUUGUUCACAGUUUUUACAUCGAUAUUGGAAUACUAUUCGAUUAGGUGUGACGUUGUAUCGGACAUAUUGACUUAUUACAACGGCGACAUUGUACGAUCGUUUCAAAAACAAUGGGAGAACAGUCGAAAGUCAUACGAAAACGCUUUGAAAAUCGCAAUAAUCGAAAAUUUCGGUAAAAAAAGUAUGAACACUAUUGAAAGGAGAAUCGAAAAUGCCUGCAAAUUAUCCAACGGAUUUUAUGUUUACGACAACGUGGUUCACGUGAUUUUCCACGACAUACACCUUAAAGAGAUGCCACACAUAAAGUACUCGGAACUAUAUUUCCCCUUGGCCAACAACGUACUUAGCCUGCAAACGGAACUGAGCAAGAUAAUACUAGAAACAAAGUACAAUUUGAUGAGGAACAAUUCUGAAGUCUUGUUCGCUGGCUCGAAUCUGGAUACGUAUAAAAACUCGCCGUUUGUUUUGCAGCAAGUCCAGACUAAUGGAAAUCUGGCAAUUGUGGCAGAAGACUGCAAAUUAAGUGGCUUUACUAUUGCAUCGUUAAGUGGAGUUUUAGGACACGAUACUUUUAGGAUAAGCAACUGCAAAUUUACCGUUGAGAUUUCUGCGGAAGGUUUAGGCUCGCCGCCUGUAAUAGCACCCUAUUUUUCAGAUGAGCAAAGUAAGGAGUUUUACUUGAAUAGUCUCAUAAGCAACCAGAUAAGAAAGGAACUGAUGGGAAAAUUGCAAGCGGCCAUGUUUACUUAUGUAAACACUUCUAUUUUCGAAAAUGAUUUAAUCAAGUAUCGCAACGAGCAGAAUGAAAUCUUCAAGAAAACAUCGAAACUCAUUAAGGAUGUUAUAAGAAAUGCUAAUAAAGAGAAGAUUAAGACUAAUAAAGCAGCACACGAUCUGCGAUCACUAGAUAUUGUUUGGAAUGAAACAAAUCACAAGUGUAAAACAACAAGAGCCAUCAAGCUCAAGGACAUAGUUUUGGAUGGAUUCGAUUCAGUUUAUUCUCCACAUAUAGGGGGGCCAUAUAAGUUACAAAAAGUAGGAAUUGCAGAAACUUUGAGAUAUAAUACUUUAAAGGUACGAGGGAAAAUAUUUUUUGAACAAGAUGAUUUUAGAAGCGAACAUGACUUUUCUAUGGACCUCCUGGACGUUACUGUUAAUAUAGAUAUGAACGUAGAAGAUACGUCACAAGGCUUUAACUCUAAUAGUUAUGUUUUCUGGAGGGAUACAGUUUUUUCAAUAACAAAUAUUGAAAAUGUCGACCAGAGAGUACUAGCGGAAUCUUUGAUAACUGGUUAUUUAAUAAAUGAAACACCAAAAUAUGUUUCAAGCAUAUUAUUGAAAUCGACUUAUCCUGAAAAAUCUAAGCAAACGGAAACAGAGGAAACCAAUGAUAAAAAAGGGCGUAAUGUUGAAAUCGAUCCAUCCGUUAAUACCGAAGAAGCCGAAUUAAGUAAAAAUGAAGAAAAUCGUGAUUUAAGCUUACCAGAUAAUGAUGGGAAUUUAAAAGAACAAGAGAACGAGGCCCAGACAGAAGAUGAAUCAACAUUAAAGGGCUCAGAUAUCGAAAAGGGUGAGCCAAUGGGGGUAGAGGUGAAUAUUGCAUUUAUGGAUAGAAUGCCUAGUGAUGAAAAUGUACAAGAAGCUGAACCUGACCCUCUUUUAAAAAAUGAUGAUAGAUUAGGCAUUGCUUCUACAUACGCCGACGAAUUGUUAAAGAAUAGCUACGAAGAUGAUAGAAGAAGAAAUAAAAAGAGAAGCAAUAAGAAAUAUAAGAGAUACAGUAAACACCGUCAAGAUAUGCUCAGGACUAAAAAAGGAAUGAAGAAAAUACUCAAGAAGAGAAUGCAUAGUCCCAUAAAUAUGUCUGAAAAUGAUAUA